AAGUGCACUUGAACGGCAACUGUUUAGGAAGUAAGUAAAAGAAGUUCAGUGAUUUACAGAGUUUCCUGUUGGAAAUAUAGCCAUAGCUUCUUGUUGUUAGCUACUUUAGCCACUAUCUAGCGGCUGCUGUUAGCUGGUUAGCAGUGCAGCUAACUCAGCCUUCCUGUCAGGUGACUCUGGUGGGCACUCAGAGCAGCGGGGCAGUAUCAGUCUUUAUUCAGGAAGUUUGAACCACCGUAAGCGGUGCUGCCUUUAGCUCCCAGUUCAUUAGCAGCAGUUAGCGGUUAGCUGAUAGACAUCAGAGGAGAAAACAAAGUGUGGAACUUCCAGCAGAAACUUUGUGCAGAUGCAUAGCCCCGAUCAACCAAACUCCAUUCAGAAAACAAACAUUUUAAUUCAAUUCAAUUUUUUUCUUUUAUUUGUAUAGCGCCAAUUCAUAACAGAAGUUAUCUCAGGACACUUUUCAAAUAGAGCAGGUCUAGACCGAACUCCUUCUAACAUUAGAACAGUUGGGGUGAGAGAGAGAGAGAGAGAGAGAGACAGAGAAAGAGAGAGCGAGAGACAGACAGACAGACAGACAGACAGGUGCACAGCAACAACAGUAGCAACAACUACACUAAUAGUAGUAGAAUUAGUUUUUCUGCAUCUGUCUGUGAUAGGAUGUGUCUAAUUUUUCUAAUAUUACGUAAAUGAAAGAAGGCAGUCCUAGAGGUCUGCUUUAUGUGGGAGUUAAAUGACAAAUCCUGAUCAAAGAUAACUCCAAGAUUCCUGACAGUGGUGCUAGAGGCCAAGUUAAUGCCAUCUAGAGUAACUAUAUCUUUAGACAAUGAGUCUCUAAGGUUUUUGGGGCCAAGAAGAAGAAUUUUGUUUUUUUCUGAGUUUAACAUCAGAAAAUUGCAGCUCAUCCAGGAUUUUAUGUCCUUAAGACAUGUUUGUAAUUUAGAUAAUUGAUUAAUUUCAUUGGGUUUGAUUGAUAGAUAUAACUGCGUAUCAUCUGCAUAACAGUGAAAGUUAAUGGAGUGAUUCCUAAUAAUGUUGCCUAAAGGGAGCAUAUAUAAGGUAAAUAGUAUUGGUCCAAGUACAGAACCUUGUGGAACUCCAUGACUAACUGUAAUGGAUUACAGUUACAUUACUCUCCUUUAUAUUCAGUGGUUAUUUUACUGUAUUGAUGUAUUUUACAGUAACUAAUUACUUUUGUCUGACUGCUGCAGUUACUAAACUAUUAUCUGACAUUAAUAAAUCUCAACUGUCUGAUUACACCUGAAUGCAUCAGUAUUAAUAAUGCAGUGAUAAUAAUAAUAAUAAUAACAAUAAUAAUGGAAUUAUACUACUCAGAUUAAUGUUUUCUUCCUGAUUGAAUUCUUUCAGAAACACAUUAUUGAUCCUGGAGGGAACCGGAUGCGUUAAUCAAACACAUAAUCAGGACAUUAUAAUAAUAAUUAAAUAUAUAUAAAAUAAAAGAAGUUUUUCUGAAUCUCUCUGACCUCCGGUGGGUCCGUGAACGCCUCAGCAGCGGUCAGCGGGGUCGCGCGCUCAUCAGCCCUCAUUAGACUCACCUGUGGCUGUGACGGCAGCGGCUCGUGCGGUCGCGUCGAACCGGAGCGUUUACCGAGUUUACCGACAAGAGUUUACCGUUAGUUACCGGCGGCGGGAUGCAGAAAGGCCUGAAGAAGUACUUUGUCAACAUGGACGAGUAUCUGUGCAGCCUCGGCCUGUACCGGAAGAUGGUGGCCCGGGACGCGUCCAGUCUGUUCCGAGCCGUGUCAGAACAGCUGUAUUACUCUCAGAACUACCACCAGAGGAUCCGUCAGGACUGCGCUGACUUCAUGAGAGCCAACAGGUGCAACUUUGAACCGUUUGUUGAAGGUUCGUUUGAGAAAUAUUUGGAGCGUCUGGAGGACCCGAAGGAGACGGUGGGUCACGUGGAGAUCAAGGCUCUGUCUCAGCUCUACAGGCGUUGUUUCCUGAUCUAUCGUUACCCGGGAAAACCAGCCACCGUGAUCUCAGAGGACGACUUUGUUGACAAGGUGACGCUGUGUUGCUCCAUCAACGGCCACUACGACAUUGUUUACCCGAGGAGUUACCCCGCCUCCGCCGCCCUGUGUCAGUCUCUCCUGUACGAGCUGAUCUACACUCAGGUGUUCGGGGUGGAAGAGGCGGAGCUCUCUCAGGCCAUGGAAGCCUUCAGGGUUGGAGGUCGUCGCUAUAGAAACAGCCCGUCAGUGUGCAGUGACAUCGACAUCGGCUACGACACACCUGAGGACCGAGGUCACAGGGAGGAGCUGGAGGCGGGUGGAGCUGCUGAGGAGAAACUUCGAGCUGUGACUGAUGAAUCAAAGCCUCCAGCUGAAGCCCCGCCCCCUUCCAGACUGUCUCUUCCUUAUAAGGUAAUGAAGUCUCUGGACUGGGAAGUCUACAGAAACCUGGAGUUUGAUGUCUGGCAGGACACCUGCAAAGAGAUGCAGAAGACAGACUACAUGGUGUUUGCAGGGAGGCAGUACUUCCUGGGCGACAAGUGUCAGGUGCGUCUGGAGCCGAAGGGGAAGUACUACAACGCCUUCAUCCAGGAAGUAGGAACGCACUCGUCAGCCGUCACCGUGUUCAUCGAGGAGCUGGGAGAGAAACACCUGGUUCCUCUGACCGACCUGAAACCAGUGAAUCCGGUUCCCGCCUGGAAUGUCGCUGCUCCGACCAGAAAAGGAGACCUGGACUUGGACUCUCGUGGUCAACGACAUCACCGCCACCGGUACUUCAGGAAGUCUCGUGGCAGCAGUGGCGUGAAGGGGGCGGAGCUGCUGAUGCCGCCGCCAUCCUCCUAUGGAGGCCCCGCCCCCUCUGGCCUGCCCCCUCGCUUCCAGCCAGCAGGUCACCCCCGCCCGCCCCCUCCCCCGUCACCGGGAGCCAUGACCUACGACCCCUAUGCACCCCAACACCACCACCACCACCACCACCACCCCACAGCCAGACCUCCUCGCUACGGAGCCUCCAGAAGCUCAACCCGUUUCCUGAACCGGCACCUGAUUGGUCCACAGUUGACCUAUUACCACCCUGGCAGACGUUAUUAUCACGACUACGAGAACUACGCCUUCAGGUCACGUCGCAGUCGCCGUCAGCUGAAUAAAGAGUGUCAGUUCGGGUUCUCAGCGGAGGCGGUGGAGGAGCCGACUGAUCUGGAUCCAACGAUGGCGUACUACCAGCUGGACGACGCGGGGGACGCCGUCUUCCCUCCGCUGCCGGGUCAGGCAGUGGCCCCGCCCCCUACAAUGGGAGCCCCGCCCCCUCAGUCUAGCUCCUCCUACCGGGUUCAGAGAGGCUCGGGGCCCCUCCCUCCCACACCUCCACCUGGGAACACGCCGGUCUGUUCCUCCGAGGAGGACCAGGAGGACAGGAGCACCGUGGAGGACCAGGCGGAGUACACAGAGGAGUACAUCUACAUCACUCAGGAUCAGAGCUACCAGACCUCAGGUGUUUACACUGCAGCGGAGCCCUCCACCAACCAGGACGAGCAGGAAGGAGGUACUGCUGACUCUCCUCCGAGACCAGAGAUGAACUACAGCUACACCCAGCAGGUAGUGAAGCCAUUAGCAGUUGUCUGCUCUUCACCUUCCUCCUCCUCCUCCUCACCCUCUUCUCCAUCAUCACGUGUACCUGCAGCUGCUCACCUGCCGCCAGCCACACAGACACGCUCAGUUGCCAUGGCGAUCCCAGCUGCCUCUCCCUGGUUGGUUAAUGAGUUGGGUGAGGCUCUGUGCACCGUGGUAGCUCCGCCCCCUUACUCCUAUGAUCCAAACGGCAGUGACUUACCCAGAGACUGCAGGGUCCUCCAGUAUUACUUCAACUUGGGCGUCCAGUGGUACCAUCAGAGCUGUUGGCAGCAGCAGCAGGUGUACCCCGCCACCUCACCGGAGGCCCCCUACCCCUACCAGCACUACACCCCCUACCUGAGCCAGGAGCCCCCCAUGCACGCUGGUCCUCCUUUGUACCCUGAGACAGCUCGAGGCCCCCAUCAGCCCCCCUCCUCCUACCCAGAAUCCUCCAGGGCAGGAGACGGACAGACAGACGGACACAGCAACAGCCCCGCCCCCUCAAUGGACAGCUCCUCCUUCAACUCUGCCCCCCCAGGCUCCGCCCCCUCCUCAGCUCUCCUGUACCAGGAUCAAACGGCCCCUCCCCCUCUGCUACACCUGCCAUACGAAGCUCCGCCCCCGGCUGCCUACCUGCCCUCUGCCCCUCCCCCUCUUCCUCUUCCUGCUCAUCCACACCCCGCCCACCUCCCCCAUCACUCCUCCUACCACCCCUGCCUCCCCCCCUCCACCCACUGGGGGGCUCUGCAGACAGGAGGCCACGCCCAACGAGUCUACUGCCCCGCCCCCAGCACCACCCAUGUGGUCGGUUACAUUACAGCCCCACCCCCCCACCACACAGCCGCACAUUACAUCCCCCCCACCAUCUGACCCUUCACUAAUUAGCUUGUGGCUAACAAAAGUGUUUGUUUUCAGUGAGCAGUGCUAGCAGCGCUAACAGGAAACCUUGUAUUUCCUGUUAACAUUUCAAAAUAAAAUUUAAAAAAUCAAGAAAAGAUUUAAAUUAAUGUUAAUGUGUAAAAAUUAAAAACAAGGUUUUCCUGUGUUAGCACAUGCUAGCUGUUAGCUGUGUAAUACUUCAUACUUGACUCGGUCACUUCCUGUUUAAUUGUUUACCUCGUUAGCGAAAGGCUCGCUAAAGCAGCAUGAACAGCCCCCCUGUUGUUGCCGAGGCAACACAGGUGACGGCGUCCUCGGUCGCCGCAGUUCAGUUCAUUGUUCAAACGUCCACCAGCCAGUCAGAGAGAGGGGGCGGGGCUGGGGGCGUGGUCAGUCCCUGUUUAUUGAUGAAGGGAUAUAUUUGUGUUUGUUCUUACUGGUGGUUUGUUUAUUGUUUGUUUGUUUGUGUCACUGGGUGAAUAAAGUUUGUUUCAGCAGCAGA